UUUUUUUUUUUUUCUUUUUCUUUUUCUUUUUUCUCUCCUGAUGGUUGAGAGUGAAAUAUUAAUAAAUGGGUCUCCCAUUAGUAUGGACGAUCCCCCUGGCUCCUUUCAGGAAGUUGAUCCGAUAACACUGGGUCUGGAUUUUUGCGGAUACCUCCGUCUGCUAGAUACCAAGCUGCCUUUUCCCUUUCAUGGUCAAUUUAUAGGUCUUGCACCCCUCCGUCGAUGCACCCGAGGUCCUCCGAAUAAUCCCUUAGGUUUUCAUCACUUUGACUGGUGAUAAUCUCCCAAUCAAGAAGCCAUGGAUCUACAGUGCGAAUUCCCUCCGCAACAACAAGAGGGCAAAGAAUGGUUUAAUUUCCCUACCGAGAUUGAACGCUCCCUCACCUCCGUCUUUGCUCCUCGGAACAUCCUCAUCGUCGGCGCUGGCAUCGCCGGCAUCUCCAGUGCCCUCGCCCUCUCCAAAGAACUGACCCCCUUCGUCCCCGACCUCCAGAUCACCCUCUUCGAACGCCAUGACAUCCUCUCCACCUCCGGCGGCGCCAUCAACCUCACCCCCGUCGCCCAACGACACCUCGACCGCCUCGGCGUCCUCGACGAGCUCGACAAAAUGGGCACCGAAGGUGGCACCGACGUCGAAGCCAUCGAGCUCUUCUCCAGCCGUUCCGGCCGCCCCCUAGGCAGCAUCGAUUUCACAGACCAGAAGGGGAACGGGUUCGGUGGAUACAAGGGCCGCCGGGUAAUGCGGAUCGUCCUCUCCGUUGCCAUGCUGGCCGUGGUGGAGCGGACGAAGAAUAUCAACGUGGUAUUCGGGAAGAAGCUGGUCCGCGGCGAAGAAAACGAAGACGAAGCCACUCUGCAUUUCCAAGACGGCACCACCGCAACCGGGGACCUGGUCCUGGGUUGCGACGGCGUGCACUCGGCUACCCGCACCCACUGGGUGUCCCCGGAACAUCCGUCCGAGUAUACCGGGAUCUCCUUCCUGCAGACCGUCAUCGAUGCCAAGAGUAUCAAGUCUCCGAUUCAUUUUCGCUCUACCUCUAUGAACAUCUCCCGCCAUGGCUCGUUACUAGCGAGCUAUUGUGAUCGAGAACACGAUCAGAUCUUCCUGGCGGCUAUCGUGCAGUUCAAUGAGGCCAAUCUGCCCUACUGUAAGAUCGAGAACGGACAGGACUGGGUCACACAGCAUCGGAUCAAGAAUGCCUUGCAUGAGGAGAUGCAGACCCGCUUCGGGAAAUCCGGUGUCCCUUGCAUCCGCGAGAUGACGAAAAAAGCGGGUGAUUGGAUGCUUUACCCCGUGUACCAGGUUCGGCCGAAUGCCCGUUGGCAUACGGAUCGGGCUUUGCUGCUCGGUGAUGCUGCACAUGCUAUGCCUCCCCGCGACGAAUCCGCCGCCUACGCCCUCGACGACGCCAUCCUCUUCUCCCGCAUCCUCGCCAAACACCGCCACGAACCCCUCCCCGUCGCCUUCAAAGCAUACGAAGACCUCCGUCGCCACACCGUCAACACAGCCUUCAAGGCCUCCCGUCGCAUGUGGGAGAAGAACCGCGACAUGGGUUACCUCGAGGGCCGUCUGAAAGAAUUGACCUUCCCGCUCUACAUCCGUAAUCAUAGACAGGAAAGAGAAGCGGCAUGGGAAUUUGAUGCAACGCAGAUCACAAUUCCCAUGCCCGUUGAAGGGGGGUCAUUGUAUUCUCAUGGGAAAUCGGAUACUUCAUAGAACAGGGUGGAGUAGUCUUCUUGCCUUUUUGCACGCUUGGGUUGAAUCGGAUGGUUGGUUUGCUUAGAUUGGUUGGCUGGUUUGGUUGGUCAGGAUGGACGGGUUGGAUGGACGGAUGGGCCGGUUCGGUUGCAUUAAAAUGGAGUAUUGGGUAUAACGGGAUUUUUUUGCAUAGCAUUUUUCUUUUUGAUGAGAUAUGAUAGCGCUAUUAUUGCUGCUGUUGUUGCAUUGAAUUGGGCUUUUUUUUUGUCAAAUAGAAUGGGGGUGUUUCUUGUUUUGUGGUUGUUUUGGUUGGGUUAUAAAGUUGGGUUGGUCUGGUCUAAUGCGGUCUUGUCUUUUUAAUACUACUUUUCAAGAGGAGAAAUACUAUCUAUCUACAUACUAGGUUGUUUGAAAUUGA